AUGAAAAGGAAUCUUCUCAUCCUCUCAGUGGUAUCAGUUGCCGCUGCAACCGAGACCUUGAUCUUCAAUGAUGACUUUAACAAACUCGACUUGAAGACCUGGCAACACGAGCUUACUCUUUCCGGUGGCGGUAACUGGGAAUUCGAGUGGUACGUCAAUAAUAGAUCCAACAGCUUCACCAAGGAUGGAGUUCUUUAUCUUAAACCAACCAUGACCGAAGAUUACAUUGGAACUCAACAGCUCUAAACUGGAGAUCUUAACAUUUGGGGUUCAUCACCUGCUGAUGCAUGCACAGCUAACGCAUUCUACGGAUGCGAGAGAAAUGCUGCUGCUUCAGGCAAUGUUAACAACCCAAUUAGAUCAGCUAGACUUAGAACUGUGAACAGUUUCUCAUUCCAAUAUGGAAGAGUCGAGAUAAAGGCUUAACUUCCAAAGGGUGACUGGUUAUGGCCAGCAAUCUGGAUGCUCCCCAAAAACAACGAGUUCGGUAACUGGCCCGCUUCUGGAGAAAUCGAUAUCAUGGAAUCCAGAGGUAACGAUCCCAACUAUCAAAGCGGUGGACACGACACUUUCGCCUCAACCCUCCAUUGGGGACCAAACUGGGACCAAAACAGAUACCCACUUACCCACAAAGACUACAAACAUUCUACUACUCUUACCUCAGAUUUCCACACCUAUGGUCUUUACUGGGACGAGAAUGGACUCUAUACCUAUUUUGAUGAUCCAAGCCAUAAAGUCCUCGAAGUUGAUUUCAAGACUCAAAGUUUCUGGCAAAGAGGAACCUUCCCAUCAACUUUUGACAACCCAUGGGUUGGUGAGCCAAACGCUGCACCAUUCAACAGAGAAUUCUACCUCGUCCUCAAUCUUGCCGUUGGUGGUACCAGUGGGUACUUCCCAGAGGGUAUGGGAGGCAAACCAUGGUCAGAUCAAUCUCAAAGAUCAGUCAACGAGUUCUGGAACGCUAGAGGAGCCUGGUAACAAACCUGGAAAGGAGAUGAUUCCGCUCUCAAGAUUGACUCAAUAAAGGUCUGGAAAUUCGACUCUGCCAAGAAUGAAGAAGAAGUCACCUUCCUCUGA